GAGAAGCGGAGGAGAGCAGCAGCCCCACCGAUCCUCAAACGAGAGAGAGAGAGGCAGCGUCUGGAGCGCGAGCUGGGCGGGGAAAUAACUGCGGUACUGAAGAAAUACUUUAUUGCCGAACUGCAGCAAUUGAUCGGCGGCACCGCAACUUCGUCCGUAUAAGGCAAAAAUGUCAUCGUCGGGAAAAGACAACAGCUCCCAACAUGCGAAUUACGUGGGACCGUAUCGCCUAGAAAAGACGCUUGGCAAAGGACAGACAGGCCUUGUGAAGCUGGGAAUCCACUGUGUCACAUGUCAGAAAGUUGCCAUAAAAAUUGUUAACCGGGAAAAACUCAGCGAAUCUGUGUUGAUGAAGGUGGAAAGAGAAAUAGCUAUUCUGAAGCUCAUAGAACACCCUCAUGUUUUGAAGUUGCACGAUGUCUAUGAAAAUAAGAAAUAUUUAUAUUUGGUUCUAGAGCAUGUGUCAGGUGGAGAGCUCUUUGACUACCUGGUAAAGAAAGGCAGGUUAACACCCAAAGAGGCCAGAAAGUUCUUCAGACAGAUCAUCUCUGCGCUGGACUUCUGCCACAGUCACUCUAUAUGCCACAGAGACCUAAAGCCAGAGAAUUUGCUGCUGGAUGAGAAGAAUAACAUCAGGAUAGCAGACUUUGGGAUGGCUUCUCUACAGGUUGGAGACAAUCUCUUAGAAACAAGCUGUGGAUCCCCUCAUUACGCCUGCCCAGAGGUUAUAAGGGGGGAGAAAUAUGAUGGCAGAAAAGCUGAUGUGUGGAGCUGCGGAGUCAUUCUCUUUGCACUUUUAGUGGGUGCUUUGCCAUUUGACGAUGAUAACCUGAGGAACUUGCUGGAGAAAGUGAAACUGGGGGUUUUCCACAUGCCCCAUUUCAUUCCUCCAGAGUGUCAGAACCUGCUGAGGGGGAUGAUCGAGGUUGACGCCACCAAGCGACUCACGUUAGAACAGAUACAGAAGCACACAUGGUACAUAGGAGGGAAGAAUGAGCCAGAACCAGAACAGCCAGUGCCACGGAAAGUGGCUAUCCGCACGCUACCCUCUACUGAGGACAUCGACCCAGAUGUGCUGGAAAGCAUGCACUCGCUGGGCUGCUUCCGAGACAAGAACAAACUGAUGAAAGACCUGCUGUCAGAUGAUGACAAUCAGGAAAAGAUGAUCUACUUCCUUCUGCUGGACCGCAAGGAGAGAUAUCCAAGUCAUGAGGAUCAGAAUCUACCACCCAGAAAUGAAAUUGAUCCUCCCAGGAAGCGUGUGGACUCUCCACUCUUGACAAGGCACAACAAGAGGAGGCCAGAGCGGAAAUCUAUGGAGGUGCUGAGUGUGACUGAGGGCGGUUCACCUGUUCCUGUGAGACGAGCCAUUGACAUGGCACAACAUGGACAGAGUAAAUCUGUUUUCAGUAAAAGCUUGGAUAUCUCAGAUGCCCACCCUUUACGGCAAAGCAAGGAGGAGAGGUCCCGGUCCAUCAGUGGAGCAUCUUCUGGUCUGUCCACUAGUCCCCUCAGCAGUCCUCGGCCCAUGUGCCGGUUUGCUGUUCCUCCACAAUCUGCAGAACUCACACAGUCGCCCAACCACAGCCCCACCCAUGCUCCUGUGUCCCGGUUUAAUGGCACAGGCCCCCACUCCCCCAAAAACUUUCAACCAAAGACAGCUGCCCUUCAGCCCAAGAACAAAACCCAGACCCUACCAGCCAAGCCCAAAGUUGCAGACAAGCCCUUGCAGGCCACCAGGUCAAAUCCACUGCCUAGCACAACGGCCAUGCAAACGGCGGCCAAAUCAGAACCUUCUAUGCCCUCCACGCCCUGCCAUCCAAUGCCCCCACCAAUACACUGCAGCCCUAAGGUGUGGCGGCCACCGCUAACGGUGCCGCCCAAACUCACUAUUCCACUUUCUCCCCUUUCGCCCAUUCGGCUUCACCACCUUCACCCACUGGCCGGGACUGACCACAACGGCAAAUCUAUCCCCACCAUACAGGUUACACCCCACCCCUCCCCCAGGGGCAGCCCUCUGCCAACUCCAAAAGGAACGCCGGUGCACACGCCUAAGGAGAGCCCAGCGGGGACCCCAAGCCCCACGCCACCCCCAAGCCCCUCAAUUGGGGGAAUGCCUUGGAGGACACGACUCAAUUCCAUUAAAAACAGCUUCCUUGGCUCACCACGCUUCCACCGCAGGAAACUACAAGUUCCCACACAAGAGGAAAUGUCCAGCCUAACACCAGAGUCUUCCCCCGAACUUGCCAAAAAAUCUUGGUUUGGAAAUUUUAUUAACCUUGAAAAGGAGGAGCAGAUAUUUGUGGUGAUUCGGGACAAGCCUCUGAGCUCCAUCAAAGCAGAUAUCGUCCACGCCUUUCUUUCAAUUCCCAGCCUCAGCCACAGUGUGAUGUCUCAGACAAGUUUCAGGGCAGAAUACAAGUCCACUGCUGGCCCCACCGUGUUCCAAAAACCAGUGAAGUUCCAGGUGGACAUCACCUACACUGAAAGCACGGCUGCCACAAAGGAGAACGGCAUCUACUCUGUCACUUUUACACUUCUCUCAGGUCCCAGCCGACGCUUCAAACGGGUGGUGGAGACAAUUCAGGCUCAAUUGUUAAGUACACAUGACCAGCCUGGUGUUCAGCAGCUGUCUGGAAUUAUCCAGAAAACGUGUUAAAGACCAAGUCCUGCUAUUGCACAAGAUUCAUGUAUGGCACAUUGACGGAGGGCACAUUACACAGGAAGUACAGUAGAAGCAACUGAGGGAAACUCCUUGUGAUGCAUCUAAACACCCCAAAUGCCAACAAGACCUGUUCCGACUCAUUCCUCAAUUCUUUUCUUCUGCAGCAACAUAAAGCCACUCGUAUCCAAGGAUUUGGAGUGAAGCCUUAAAAUAAAGAUGAAAUGAAUUUUUACUAAGCUGUCCCACUCUUCAUUUUUCUAUCUUUUUAUUUAAAUAGCGCUUUGCUAGUCUUCUCUUUUUCUCUUUCACUCAUAUGAUAAAACACAAAACAGAGAAAUACAUACCAGGAUAUCAUUACAAAGGGACAGGUUGCAGCUCUGGACAUCAUCAUGCAUUUGAGGAGUUGCCCUCAAGGACUCUUGUUGGAUUGUAUUAUUUUUAAUGUAGUCUUUUUUUGUGAAAUGAAGAAUUUAAGCAUUUUAUGGACUGUGUCAUUGCUGUAAAAGAUUUGGAGAUCCUAUUUGAAAUAUUAUGAGGAGAACAUUUUGGGUGUGGACUGGGAUACAGUGGUGAUGGGUGGGAUUUAUUCUGUUGUACAGACUGAAAAUAUUCCUUAUGUAACAAAUGUCUAUCAGUGACAUUGCUUUGAUGAAUUGUGUUGCCACAUCCUGUUUUAUUGUUUUUUUUUUUUCUCAUGCAGCAUUAGUUUUGAAUGAAUAUUAUGCUUAAUGUGUUCAAGGGUUACUCAUGAUGUCAAUUUUCCAUUUUUAUUUCUUUCGUUUUGGUUUUUCAAAAACAUCUGCAGGAUUCAGAGAACUUUUAACCUAACUUUUGUAACUUAUUUAUCUGUUGUUGUCUCUUUUUUAUUUAUUUAUUCAGCUGGGGGAAUAUUUAUAUACUGUAUACAAACCCGGGUGGUGGAGAUUUUAUUGUUUGCAACAGGGCAACUUGUCAGAUUGUGUGAAGGAUUUUGUGUUUUGUGGACGAUAACACUUAUCCAAUUUUGUGAUUCAAGCACUCUUUCUUUCCUGGCUUUGACCAGAUAAAAGAGCCUGUAGUAUAUGUUAAAUUAUUUACUGGUAAUUUAAGAAUGUAGACUAGCCUCUUUAGGGUGGACGGGGGUUGGGAGUGGGGGUGGGGGGUGAUGUAUUGAUGGCUGUCACUCAUCUCAUUGUGCCUGUAUAACAGGCGGACAAGCUCAAAUCACUCAUUGUAAAUAGACAACUUUGGGCAAAGGAUUUUCUUAAAAACCAUCAAGGGGAUGCUGCUGCUCCUGACUCAAUCUCUCGUAUUGCAUGUCUGUCAUUCGGCUUUAAUUUGCAUGAUGUUGUGGAUGUUAAAUUUCUCCUCCCCUUACCUUUGUCAUCAUCAGAUUUAAACAACUUAUUUCCCACCAUUUAUCAUGCCUUAAUUUUUCAGUUUCUCGUUUACCUCACACCUCCCUUAUCGUUAAUGGUUUCACACCACAGACUCUGUCUCUCUCUACUGCGUCAUGCUCUUGGGGUAGGGGGUCUGGGAUGUCAUAACACACAUGAUCAUUUAUGGGAACAUACAGCGAGGACAAUAAGCGGAGAUGUAAUCUAAGCAAUACACAUUGUUGUCCUUCCUAUUUUGUACUUUGGGUGAAAAAAAAAAAGGAGCAAAGCUGGAUUGUAACGUAUCAUGGAUUUUAUUAAUACAGAGCGCGAAAAAUAGAAUUGACGCUAAUGUAUCCCCUUGUAACUACUGUGAACAACUUCAGUGCAACGGAAAUAAAUCCAUUGACUUUGGGAUGUUG